AUGCAAUCAGUUCCCAUGAAUAUGUUUUCCAUGAUGAAAUGGAAUGUAACAUGCACAUACUCUCAGUUUAUAGCCCCAAAACACCCAAGAUGCUGCGUCUCCCUCUCAACGUUCUAUAAUGAAACCAUUACUACUUGUCCUUCUUGUGCAUGCGGCUGUGAGAACACACACAAAUGCAUCAAGAGAGAUUCCAAACUACUCAGUGUGGUGGGGAUAAACACACCAAGGAAAGACAAUGCGCCAUUACUACAGUGCACACAACAUAUGUGCCCUGUUAGAAUCCAUUGGCAUGUGAAGAUCAACUACAAGGAGUAUUGGAGAGUCAAGAUUACAGUUACCAACUUCAAUUACAGGGUCAAUUACACACAGUGGACUCUUGUUGCUCAGCAUCCAAAUCUUAACAAUGUAACUCAAGUUUUUAGCUUUGAUUACAAGCCUCUCCUUCCAUAUCAAUCGAUAAAUGACACCGGAAUGUUCUACGGUAUGAGGUUCUACAAUGACUUACUUAUGGAAGCAGGGCCAGCUGGAAAUGUUCAAUCAGAAGUGCUUCUCCAGAAAGAUAAGGAUACUUUUACCCUUAAACAAGGAUGGGCAUUUCCUCGAAAAGUAUAUUUCAAUGGCGACGAAUGCAUGCUACCACCACCAGAUACUUAUCCAUUCUUACCCAACUUUGCCCACCAGAAUCUGGUGGUUUUUUCGAUAUUGUUUUGUUCUAUGCUUUCGAUUUUACUUGUUCUGUUUUGAUCAUUUCUCUUGUGUGUGACUAACUAAAGAUUUUGAAACCAGGCAAACAUUUCAGAUGUAUUGGUAACUUAGGUACUUGAAAAUUCUUUGAUAGUCAUGCACCUUGUAUUACUGCAAUCUAGGGAAUUUGAGCAUGCUGGUUCAUGUCAAGCAAUUGGGUAUAUUAACAAUGUUGUUCAUGUCAUUUUAACGGUCUCCGAAUGCUAUAAAUUUCUUGAAUCAAAAGGAUUUUUAUUUUUCCCAUUAAAAUAUAGCCACUAAAUGUAUUUUUUUUUUGAAGGGGAGCCUUGGAG